AGUAAAGCUACAACGAUGGCGUCACAAUUAUCCUCCACGGCACCACGGCACCACCCAAAGCCUACCGACGCCGACGCCGCCGCCGCCGCCGCCGCCGCCUCCGCCUCCGCCUCCGCCUCCUACUCCGCCUCCGCUUGUGCCGGAAAGGGAAAAGCCUCUGCUUGUGCUGGAAAGGGGAAAACCUCUGCUGGUGCCGGAAAGGGAAAAGCCUCUGCUACUGCUGGUGCCGGAAAGGGAAAAACCUCUGCUCAUGCCGGAAAGGGGAAAGCCUCUGCUGAUUCUAGAAAGCAGGUAGUUCAGGGCUAUUCAAAGAAUAGAUUGGUCCAAGCCACAGUAUGGUUUCCUUUCUUGAAAGAAGGGCAAGGGGAAAUCGACGGACUUCACUGGGAUGAUGAUAAGCUAGAGAAGGAGAUCGAUGGUUGUCUCCGGCAGUUGAAGGACAACCCCUUUGUCUACUACGGAGGUGCUAUUGAUGAUGAGUCUUUUCUUUUCCUUGACGAGCAGCAGCUAACAAUGCUGAAUCGACGUCUCGCGCUGUGUCGCAUCAGAGCUUAUGAGGACAAAUACCAGGAUAUGGACGAUGAAACACUGUCAGGGCUAUUCCCUAAUGACGAUCUCGAUGCCAAUGAGUACUAUUUGGAUUAUGAGCGCAGUUUUGAAUGGUACUUCGAUGAUGUAUACUGCCAAUAUGCUGACUUUCAGGACUACCAGCGACUCGUGCUUCGGAAUACUGGUGAGUAUGAAAAGUGGGAAUAUUACCGCAGGACUUGUAGUACGCUUGAGAGUGAUCAGGAAUAUGUCAAGUUCUGGGAAACAUUGUUAAGUACAACUCAGUUGAUUGGAUGGUACAUAACAAGGACGACCUGUGAGUCAAGAAUUGAGAGGCUGUUCUAUUAUCAUACACUGAAGAUUGCAGCAGUACAUCCCAAUGUUUACAAGACUUUAAUUAGAUCAGGCUGCAUUGAAUUUAGGCGCAGCUUGCAGGUUAAUUAUAUUUGGUCUGUGCCCUAUGCUGAUUUUCUAUUUGAGAUGUGGAAGCUGCUUACUGGGGAAAAGCUGAGCUUCAAGGAUGCGUUGAAGCGUCUCUACACCAAUGGCAAGCACUCUUCCAUUUUUGCAAUCCAGGCUGAGUUUGAGCCAAAUUUACAUCCGUUGAAAGAGCUGUAUAAACCCUUCUUGGAUCACAUUGGUGAAAAGGCGGCUGAAGAAGCCCAUCAGUUGAUCAUGGACUAUGUUACAAGACAUGAAAGGCAACCCAAGACAUAUUAUGAUUAUGCGAAAAAGAAGUUGUGUAUUGCUGAAAAGAUUGGUUUGAUCCCCUCAUCGUCCACAAAAGGGAUCGGAAGCAGAGGAAUAUAGGAGUACCAUAUAUAUGUACCUCAAGAAUCAAGAUUCAUUGUUUAGUUAUGUAGCAUCCUAAUAUAUACACUUAAUGUUGCAUGCCCUAUCAAGUUGUAUAGCAGUGAAUCGCUGCAGCUAGUGUUGGGCAUUGACCUUCUAGUGCCUGUCAUCAACUUAAUGGUCACAGUAUUAGUUCUGGCUUGCAAUCUCAAAGUGUAGACCGAGUAGAUCUAAAAUUUGUACUCAGUAUACUGUGCUAGUUGGUUUGCU